GGCAGUAAACAGAAAAUGGCGUCGCUAUCGCUCAUUGAAUAACCCACACAGUUCAUUGUUUAAUUAAGUUUUAAUGAUGAAGCCGGGGCCAAGUAGAGAAAACAGAGAAAUAUCACCAAUAGAAGCUGAGUUAUAUUUCCUCAUCGCCAGAUUCUUGUCUUCUGGACCCUGUUCCGAUGCCGCACAGGCACUUCGCAAAGAACUAGAAAAACACAAGCUUUUGCCAAAAAGAAUUGACUGGGAAGGCAGGGAACACGAAAGAAGUUUUGAAAAUUUGGUUGAACUAUACCGUCAUGUGACAUCUAACCAUUUAUUACACAUAUGUCAGAGACUUGGUCCUUUAUUAGACAAAGAUAUCAAACCAAGUGUAUGUGGUGUACAGUCUUUACUUGGUUCUGGUAGCAACUCUUUAUUGAGGACAAAAGACGCAAUAUUAAAUCCAAGAUGGCCACCAGUUACUCAUGUUGUGAUGCAUCAUCAGAGACCACUUCUACCUCCAAACAAUCUUGUUAUACCAAAUGUUGGUCAUGUCUUAAAAGGCAGAGAGAUGUCUGGCCAUUCAAGAUUGGAUCAUACCUUUUCAAAUCAUAUCUAUGUCAAAGUGGCACUGCAUGCCAGAAAAUUAGGCCAUUUGGCGGCAGUAUAUUGUGUAGCAUUUGAUAGAACAGGAAAAUAUAUUUUCACAGGUGCUGAUGAUGCUUUAAUAAAAAUCUGGUAUGCCGAAAACAGUAGACUAUUAGCAACCCUAAGGGGACAUAACUCUGAAAUAACAGACAUUGCUGUUAAUUAUGAAAACACUUUAUUAGCAUCUGGAAGUUGUGAUAAAAUUAUUCGUGUUUGGUGUUUACGAACUAAAACUCCUUUGGCUGUUUUAAGUGCUCACACAGGAAUGAUCACAUCAUUACAGUUUUGUCCGCAGUCACAUGGUGAGAAUAGAAUAUUAAUGUCCACUGGAGGUGAUGGCUGUGUUUGUUUUUGGUUCUGGAAUGUUACAACUAACAAAUUUGAACCAAAACCAGGAAAGUUUAUAGAGAAGUCGCGAGCGGGAGCUCAAAUGUUGUGUUCAUCGUUUAGUCCUGGUGGUGUAUUCCUGGCCACAGGAAGUUCUGAUCAUGUUGUUAGAGUUUAUUUUGUUCAUGGAAAAACUCCAGAGAAAAUUUGUGAAUUAGAGGCCCACACAGAGAGGGUCGAUAGUAUAUGUUAUAGUAACACAGGAGAGAGAUUUGUAAGUGGAAGUUGUGAUGGCACAGCUAGAAUUUGGAGAUAUGAUAGGCAGGAAUGGAAGUCAAUUAUACUCCAUAUGGCAACUAAGUUACAUCCUACCACAGAGGAAGAUAAAACAAAGUAUGGUGUAACCAUGGUAGCCUGGAAUGCAGACGACAGAUAUGUUUUAACAGCUGUUACAGAUUGUACAUUAAAAGUUUGGGACUCUCGUUCAGGAAAAUUGUUACAUAUACUCAAGUACCAUGAAGAUGAAGUAUUUGUAUUAGAAUGUAGUCCAUGGGAUCCUAGAGUCAUACUUAGUGCUGGUCACGAUGGUCAUGUGAUAUUAUGGGAUAUACAGAAAGGGGUUAAAAUCAAAAGUUUCUUCAAUAUGAUUGAAGGCCAAGGGCAUGGUUCUAUGUUUGAUUGUAAGUUUAGUCCUGAUGGUUUGAGCUUUGCUGCUACAGAUUCUCAUGGUCAUUUUUUAAAUUUUGGAUUUGGUGGCAGUGAAAUUCAUAAAAAGAUUCCUCAAGAGUUAUUUUUCCAUACAGACUAUAGACCCCUUAUGCGAGAUGCAAAUAAUUAUGUUCUGGAUGAACAAACACAGCAGCCCCCACAUCUGAUGCCUCCUCCCUUCCUGGUUGAUAUCGAUGGUAAUCCUUACCCUCCUAGAUUACAGAAACUUGUCCCAGGGAGGGAACACAACAGGGACGAUCAGUUGAUUCCUCAGAUGGGGGUUAAUGAAGAAGGUGAACAGGAAGUUAUGGGAGAUGUAGAACCAGUGCCCGGAGUAGGUGGACCUUCAGGGCAAGCUCCAGGUGGACCCCCAGGGCAAGCUCCAGCUGGACUAGCAGGGCAUGUUCUGGGUGGAACUUCAGGUCAUGUUCUGGGUGGAGCUUCAGGGCUUGCUCCAGGUGGACCUGGUCAGGCCAGUAUAGAUAGAAUGAUACGAGAAUUACAGAGGCAGCAAGAUAGUAGGAUAAUACGGCAAGGAGGGGCUCCAUUGGCUUCACCCCCUCUUCCAGGGGCACAACCUAGAGUUAAUAGAUCAAAUUCUGUCGGGAACACUGGGCCAAGAGUUGGUAUUAGAAGGAGUGGGGAAACUGAAGGUGUAAGACAAUCACUUAGCAAUAUAGAACAGAGGGCUACACAGUCAGAAAUAGCAGCAUGGAGUCGUAGAAUAGUUGUAAGGGAGCUGGACCCUUCUUUGUUGUCGAAAAAUGAAGAAGAAAGAAGAGCCCACUCAGAAGCAGAAAUGAGGAAAUUCUUAGAAGAAAGGAAGAAAAAACCUACGUUGCCUUAUCCCAGCACAGCCAGUACACCAAAGAAAGGAAAGGGUAAAAAGAAAGUGACAGAAGAACCUGCUAGUCCAGCACAACAGGAGAAUGAACAGACUGCUACCAACAGACUGGUUACCAGAGCUCUAUAUGACACUGAAGAGGAAGAAGAUGGAUCAGGAUCAGAUCCAUGGAACAGCAGCAGUGAUGGUGAAUCAAGUGAAUAUUCUGAUUGGAUGGGAGACACGGGUAACAAUUUACAACCACCAAAGAGGACAUCUCAGCGGAAACGUAAACAAAGAAAAGUCAGUUCCUCUGAGACAGAAGAUAUAGAUAGCGAUUACUUACAUGAUGUGGCUAAGGAUGAAGAUAGGGACUCAAAUAGGGACUCAACAUUCCAGGCCAAAGUUCCUCGUCCUCAGAGGAAAAAACCUGUACCAAAGAAGAAAGAACCUAAGCCCACCAAGAAAACAAUAAGGAGGCAAAAAAUUGUUAAAAAAAUGGGAGGUAUACAAGAAUUGCCAGAAGAAUUCCGUCCAUCAGAAUGGUUAACUGAUACAAAGCCUCGUAAAACCCCUUAUGUACCUCAGAUGGGAGAUGGAGUUAUGUACUUUAGACAAGGUCAUGACCUUUACCUACAAGCAGUAGUCAGAAAAAAUGCAUACAAGAUUGAUCCAAAUAAAAACCUACCAUGGCAUAAAAUGCCUAGUAUUAGGGAGCAAGAAUUAAUGAGAGUUGUUGGAAUAAAAUAUGAAGUCCGUCCACCUAGAAUGGUCUGUUUGAAGCUGGCAUUUAUUGAUCCAGCAACAGGGAAACCAACAGGAGGCUCAAUCUCAAUCAAAUAUCAUGAUAUGCCUGAUGUGAUAGAUUUCCUAGUUCUCAGACAGAACUAUGAUAUUGCCAUGCAGAGAAAGUGGAAAACAGGUGACAGAUUUAGGUCUAUGAUUGAUGAUGCCUGGUGGAUGGGUUCUAUAAAGGAGCAGUUUCCAUUCCAAGAAGAACACCCAGACAGCAUGUUCCAAUGUUUUCUUGUUCAUUGGGAUAAUGGAGAAACAGAAAAGAUAAGCCCAUGGGACAUGGAACCAAUAGCUGAUUGCACUGGCAGACCUGGACAUAGGGGUAUGCCUGAGGACCCAGGUGGGGGAGUUCCUGUUACUCAGGAUGAAAUUAUAUCUCUCAUGUACACACCGUCUGCUGGAGAAUGGCCAUCAUGCAGUAGAGACCAGGAAUGUGACAGAAUUAUACGAGGAAUGGAAAUGAUAAUGGAACACUCUGUGGCAGAACCCUUCUUAACCCCUGUUGAUCUAAAUGUGUUCCCCAUCUAUGGAAUAAUUAUUGAAUAUCCUAUGGAUUUAACUACAAUCAAAUCUAGAUUAGAAAAUAGAUUUUAUAGGAGAGUCAAUGCCCUCCAGUUUGAUGUGCGUUACAUAGAGACUAAUGCUGUUACUUUUAAUGAAGCUGGUACUCCUAUUGUUAAAAGUGCUAAAAUUUUAACAGAAGCUUUACUUAGAUUUAUAAAUGAUACUGAUUGUUGUGAUCCAAUGUCAAUAGUCAGUAACUUAACACAUGGAAUGGAAUUUAACUGGGGUACGUCUGAUUCUGAUUCCGACACUGAGGAUACAGCAGACACCAGAAAAAGAAAGAGGUCUGAUGAUGAGUUGCCAGAAACUAAGAAAAGAAAGAAAACUGGAAUCACUGACCCUAAUGCCUGGAAAGCUCAAUGUCGUCAGUUACUGGAAACCAUGUUACGAUGUGAAGAUUCAGAACCAUUCAGGCGACCUGUAGGCCUUAAUGAACUACCAGGUUACUUUGAUAUUGUUAUGAAUCCAAUGGAUUUAGUCUCAGUAAGACAGAGACUUCAGGAUGAUUAUUAUGACAACCCACAGGACUUGUGUAAAGACUGUCGCCAAGUGUUUACAAACUCAAAGAUGUACAAUACAAAUAAAAGGGCAAGGAUCUACACAAUGACCUUGAGAUUGUCAGCCAUGUUUGAAGAACAGAUCAGGGAUAUAAUAAGUGGUUGGAAGACUGCUGUUAAGAGAAGUCAGAAAUCUCCAGCACCCAGAGGUUUCUCACCAAGAAUUAAACCAUCUACCUCAUACUCCACCAGAGCUGGUACAUCACGUGAUACAAAAGUAUCAGUACCUGGACCUUCAAGAUCUACCUCAGGCCUUCGUAAUGGCAGACGGGCACGAUUUGUUAGUAGUAGCACUACUGAAGAGGAUGUGGAUGUCACAGGCCCCAGUACUUCUAGAGGUAUAAGACUAGCAACUGUUGCUAGACCAACAAGAGCAGCUCCUAGUCCAGCAAAAAAGCCUGUUGUAGAAUCUAAUCAUUAUGAUUCUGAAACAGAACUAGAGACAACAGAUGAGGAGGAACAAGUUAAAACCAAAAAGAGACCACAGAGGACAGCAACUAAUAAAUCUCCAGUGAAGCCAUCUCUUACAAAUGGGGGCUCUUCCAAAUCCUACACAACUCGUGCAGCAACAGGAUCGAUAAAACCUCGUAAAUAUUGUGCCGAUGGAUCAUUUACAGAUGAAGACAAAAAUCAGGAAAAUUCUCAUUCAUCAUCAGACUCAGAAACUAAUUUAAAUGAAAAGUCAUCGAGACCUCGCUCAUCAUCAUCGUCAUCUUCAUCCAGUCCCCAUUCUCAUAAUAACAGUUCAGGUUCUGACACGGAAUCACUUAAUAGUGAUUAUAAAACGGUGCCAUCAGCUCCUACAGUUAGAGUGCCAAAUCAUAGAAGAAAACCGAGAUUAAAAGCAAAUAUAGGGGGUGAAGAAGGAUCAGGACCUUCUGAUAAUCGUAGGCGACCUAAAAGAAGCACUAAGCAAAUAGAAACAUUUAAUGGCAGCGAGGGACCUGUUCGAAGUACCAGAAAUAAGGGUAAACGGACGAUAAAAUAUACUCAGGAAAGUGAUUUGGAGGAGGAUCAAUCAGAGUCCGGAUCCAACUCCGACACCGAAGAAUCUGAACCUUCCACACCUGUUGUCACUGUCAGUAGUCGGGGACGAUUACGGAAAAUGACACCAAGAGCCCGAGCCAAUUUAGCUUCAUAGUUGUUAGUUAUUGUACUUCAUUGUUAAUAUAUAAAAAAUGAUUUGCUCAAUUUCUGAAAUAUCUACAAUGUGUUUUAAAUUACCAUGGAUAUUUAUUUUGUUAUAUUUAAAUUUCUUUAUUACAGUUUGUUCAGCCUUCAAAAUUAAGGAAUAUAAAAUGAAUAAUGGAAUUAUAAAGAUAAUAUAUUGAUAUUUUUGUGUGUCAUUUAAUGACAGCACUAAAUACAGCCUUUAAUAUUUCCUAUAGGAAGAUGGCAAAUUUUCUAUACAUCAUGUGAAUUCUUAUAUCAUUGGUCAUUUUCAGAAGUUAAGCAGUUUUGUUUCAGAAAUUGAAUCAUCAUAAUAAAGUGUCUGUGGUAAUUUAACUGUAUACACAUUGUAUUUUGUAUUCUUGUACAACUUUUGAUCUCACUAGAAAGUUUUUCCCCCAGUGUUGGAAAACAAAUAUGGACGACGAAUUGAAUACUUUGUGAGAGACAAAACCAAUAUUGUUAUUUUUUCUUGUUAUAUUUUUUUCAUUUGUGUGAUGAAAUAAGUGUUAUUGUUAGGUUUUGUACUCCAGUAAAAAUUUUGCUGGUCAAAAAUAAAAAAAUGAUGUUUUUAGAUUGUUUUUGUAUAAUAGGUUUAUUUAUUAACAGUAUUCUUAUUAUUAAACAGUGUGACCAGGUCCAUUCUGCAUGACUUUGUAUGAUAUUCAGAAUUAUCAUAGUUUGUUUGACAGGAUAUAAUACUAUCUAUGUAGAUUGAAAUAUUCACCAACCAGGUUAAUAUUGGAUAAGAAAUGUCAUUGUGCAUGGAAAAUACAUGGGUUUAAUUGUUGCCAAAUGUAGCCUUUAAUUUCGACUUUAUCAUUGUAUUGAAAGAAGUUCUUAAAUGGAUCCAAUGUACACCUUCAAUUUUAGCAGCAAUUUUUGCCUUUUGUGAACCAACUCUUUUCUGGUCUAGUGUGCAUUUAUUUUUUGAAUUCCUCACAACAAAUAUAAGUUAACUAUGAAAAUUAAACAAACAUAAAGAUUUAUUUAUAUACAGUUAAUUUCAAUAAAUUUUUGUCUAGGUUUUGGUUGAUCAUUUUAUUUAAAUGAGGUUGUAGACAAUACUUUUAUUGUUUAUUAGUUUUAAAAGACCAGAUUUUGAAGUUGUAUAAUAAAGACAAAACUAAGUUAGCUGCUUGAAUCUACACCAUUUAGACUCUGGGGGAUAAUUGUCACAUUGGCAAUUAUACCCCAUCUCCUUAUUUUUAUACGUUUAUGGGUUAACAGAAUAAAGGCAAGUUUCUCAUAUUUUGAAAAUCAAUUGUUUGGAAAAAAAUAGUGAGAAUAAUUGUUACUUUGCAUAGUUUCCAUUGUAAUCAAAAUAAAGAAUCCAAUUGGGUGUCUUCACAGGAAACAGACAAUAGGUGACCAAUGAUUGUGAACAAUAGAUUUGUGGAAGUCAAAUGCACGAGGAAAAUUAUCAUAUU